AUGAGUUCGCGCCACGACAGGGCUUACGACCGAGGCCGAGCCGACCGUGAGCCUGGCCCGAGCAGGCGGCCCCAAGCCCGGAGCAGCAACCGGGACCCCGAACUCCCUCGACAGUAUCCUCCAGCGUCGACACCCUACCACGCUCAGCAAGAACCAUCAACUGAGAACAGCACGAGUAUGAGUUCGCGCCACGAGAGGGCUUACGACCGAGGCCGAGCCGACCGUGAGCCUGGCCCGAGCAGGCGGCCACAAGCCCGGAGCAGCAACCGGGAGUCCGAAGACGCGGCGGAUCCGCCACGCAGACGCAGAUCGGUUUCGAGAGACAACGGCCUGGCUGGAAGCCGGGAACCACGACGCUAUCGCUCCCGGUCUCCCAACCAUCCACCCCGACGCAGCUCUCGCUCUCCAGCCAACCAUGCAGCGUCGCAAGAUAGGCCGCGACCUCAUCGACAGCGCUCGCGAUCCCGCUCCCCCCCAAGAACAAGCUCGAUCCACAAAGACCGUCGUGAACUGGUGUCGCAAGAUCGGCAAUCGACGAACUCGCCAGCUCUCGUAACGUCUCGCCAUAAAAGACCCGAAACGGCGGAGACGAAGACGUUCAAGGGGGUGGUGUUGAAGUACCACGAGCCGCCGGAGGCGCGCAAGCCGACGAGCAAGAACUGGCGGCUGUACGUGUUCAAGGGCAAGGAGCAGCUCGACCUGUUCCACAUCCAUCGCCAGUCCGCGUAUCUCUUCGGCAGAGACAGGGUCGUCGUCGAUAUCCCGAUCGACCAUCCCUCGAGCUCUAAACAACACGCCGUGAUCCAGUUCCGGCAGAUCUGCUCGACCAACGAGUUCGGCGACUCCAAGACCCUCGUCAAGCCAUUCAUCAUCGACCUCGAAUCGGCCAACGGAACCUUUGUCAACGGAACCAAGAUCCCAGACUCACGAUACUACGAACUCCAAUCCGGCGACGUUAUCAAAUUCGGAUGCAGCACGCGAGAGUUUGUGCUCAUUCCAGAGACCUAG